AUGGCAUUUAGAAAAUUUUGUCAGAGAUGCUCUCAGCGCGCUGAUUGGCUGAAGACUGACCAGCGUUUGAGGACAAAUGACUUAUUAAAAUUAUUAAAAAAUGAUCACCCGGAUUUACCUUCAGACAGUAGAACUUUGCUAAAAACUCCAAGGGAGGUUGCUGUUGUGGAUAUUUCUCCAGGUCAGUACUAUCAUUUUGGUCUUUCAUUUACGUUAAACAAUCUGUUACAUGCACUAGGAGAAAAAGAGUGCAGUAAAUUGUGUUGUCUUGAACUAAUGAUUAACGUAGAUGGUCUGCUAAUUGCUAAGUCUAGCAGCAAACAGUUAUAUCCAAUCUUGUGUCAGCUGUACAAACAACCUUUGAUAGAAGUUAUUGGGCUGUAUCACGGACUACAAAAGUCUAAAGAUCCCAAUGAACUUUUGACGCAAUUUAUAGAUGAAGUUAUUUAUUUUACAAACAAUGGAUACUUUCAUAAUGACAAGCAUUACAAUUUCAAAAUUAUUGCAUUUAUUUGUGAUGCACCGGCUAAAUCCUUCAUAUCUUUUACCAAGGGACACACUGGCUAUAGGUCAUGUUCUAAGUGUUAUACUGAAGGUACUUAUUUUAAUACUGUCUGUUUCCCAGAAUUCGAAGGGUUAAAUAUGAGGACUGACUUAGAGUUUAGACAAAAAGUUGAUGAACAACCAUACCGAACUUUGACAUGA